AGUGUGGAAAGGGAUUGCAGGUGAUCAUGGCUUGUCACGAGAAAUGGGUGUUACCUGGCGUACCGUGACAAUCACAGAUUACAAAUCCAGAGGUGCUUUAAAGAUGACCAGCGCUUCUCUACCCCUCACUAAUAUGGAAGGUGGCCUCACCAUAGUCACCAAAGUUGUUCCUUCAUUAACAGUUCCAGCUGCAACAGAACAAAAUUUAUCCCAGACUCAAAGUCAACUACAAAACUUCCUGAAAGGAGAACCCAAAGCGCUGGGAGUUGUCCAAAUAAUGAUUGGUGUGUUGACCAUAUUGUUUGGUAUCGUACUGGCGAUCCUAGCUGGCAAUCCCAGCGUAUACAGUGGAGUUGUUUUUUGGAGCUCACUGUUUCACAUCAUUGCUGGUUCUCUGGCUGUUUCAGCGAGCAACAAACUUCAUGUCUGUGUGGUGAAGGCAGCGCUGGGGCUGAAUAUUUUUAGCACGAUAGCUGCAGGAAUUGCCAUCGUAAUGCUUUCUCUGGAUUUCGUGUUUGGCCCGUAUCCUUACUCUUGCGGCUACUAUAAUUACAAUUAUGGAUGCAGCUAUUACUACUCAUCAAUGAGCAAAGGAAUCAGUGGAGUUCUGAUAGUUUUCUCUGUGCUCCAGUUUGCCAUCUCUAUCGCAGUUUCAGCCUUCACUUGCAAAGCUUUCUGCCCCAAUCAACCUACUCUGAACACUAUUACAGUGAUUCCAAACUCUGCGAGUGGUGUUCUUAUGGUCAGUUCCAUCCCAACUUAUCAAGCACAACCGGUCACUACAAUAAACAAUGUGUCCAUGAGCAGUCCACCUGUGGUAAAUCUCCCAGCGUACCAUGAGAAAGGCGAAGUACACAACUGAGGAUAAUACUUAAUAAGAAAUUACUCUGGUUAAUAUAUAUAUUUUUUUUCACCUAACUCAAAAUAAAAACACAAUCACACUCUGAU